CAGAUUUCGAUGUAUGCUAGCGUCGUAGCGUCGUAGCCAGGACGGUUCAGUGGUCAGGAGGGUUGAUGAAUGGAACCCCCGACCCCGACCGUGACUCACGUCCAAGCCUUUUUCUACGAAGCUGUUGACUGCCACUCAGCCCAGUGGAGGACCGGUCCAAAUCAGUCGAUGAAAGGCAACGGCCAUCGAAGGAUAUGGCUGACCCCCUGAAUGUUUUCCACACGGCAUUUUCGAAACGGAGACUUUGAUCAAACUGUGAAGGUGUAGCUUGACCCGCUUUGUUCUUCAGCUCUGUCGCAGACCCUCGUAGACUCUCGAGCUCCCUCCGGCAAGCCAGCUCCCUGUUCCUACACCGACGGUUCUUCCCGCACCUGCCGUUCUGGCUCGUGGCCUCCCUCGGAGUCUCCUGAGAUCCGGUCGACCUCGGAGUCCCAGGCCAUGUCGUGGAAUGCGAAGGGGAAGGGCAAAGUGAAAGGCGGCAAAGGCGGCAAAGGCAGCGAACAGGAGGAUGCACAGAAGCUGGCCGCCAUUGACAACUCCCAGAAGGUUUGGAUCGGUGGUCUUUCGCCAGGCGCCGGCUUGGCUCAACGCGCCGGAUGCUGGUGUGUCAGUUUUAUUAUGGGAUAUGAAUAUGGCACUUGGGAUAUGGUUGUUUUAUGCAUCAGGAUUAGACGAAGGCAGACCCGAGAAGUCAGAGAUGGAUUGAAACGAUACUCUUUUGGGGAACUCCAGAGGCGACAUCUUCCACAGGGCAGGUUGGAAAGCCGAGGCAGGUGACCGCAGCCAGGAAGACCAACCUUUUCCAACCACCGGUGGUUCAACCACUUGUUGAAGAAAGGAACGCAGUGAAUCUGAAGCGAGAAGUGAUGCUGAGGACCGAUCCGGCAGCAUUGUGGGCAUGGAGAUGUUCCUUUUCCAAGAGACGUCCUGGACCGUUUUUUGGGGAGAUAGGGUGUCGCGAUGGUGGUGUCCCGUUCGCAUCGAUGUGAUCAAAAGACCUGCUAACAUCGUUACACAAACUACAUCGAACUCCAGUAACAGCAAACCGAAAAUACCCAAUGCAAAAGGAGAACGUCAAAAACAUGUGGUGCGACAUAGCCUGGACGAAAUCGCAAUCGCCAGAUAUCGACUGGAAGACCUUGCAGCAGGCGUUCAACGCAGUCGGCCGGAGCAUCUACUGCGCGACCUUCCCGAAGAGCGGGACGGGCUGCGUCGCCUUCCGGAGUGCCCUUGAGGUGAACCAGGCCGUCACCACCUUGAAUGGCUCAUGGCUUGGCGACAGCCAGAUCCAGGUGGACUACUUCACUGGAUCCUCCCGGGGAGGCGGCAAAGGCAAAGGCGGCAAAGACAAGGGCAAGGGCAAGAGCAAGAGCAUCCCCGUGUGGAAGCCGAUGUUCGAGAAGACGCCGAUGGCCUGGGAGAAAGGCGGCAAGAGCAAGGGCAAAGGCAAGAGCAAAGGCAAAGGGAAGAUGAAUGGCGAAAUCCAAAAGCUCCGCGCCAUCGACAAUUCCAUGAAGGUCUGGAUCGGCGGUCUGGAUGAGUCCGUCUCCUGGAAGAUGUUGCAGGCGCACUUCGAACAGGUGGGCACAGUGACGUGGGCCACGGUCUUCCCCAAGGGCACCGGCUGCGUGGCCUUCGGAAGUGCCGAGGAGGCCACGUUAGCACUGGAACUCAAUGGCAGUUCCCUGGGUUCGUGCGUCCUGGUGGUGGAUGUCUUUGAGAGCCCAAAGAGGUAGAGUGACUGGAAGGACUGGACUGUCGCUGGUUUGUCUUCGGCGACCGAGUGAGUGCGGUCUGUGUGCGACUGGGUCGUUGGUCUCGAAAGGCU